AUGUCAACACUUGAGGACCUCGAUGACCUUGAGCGCGAGGAGAAGGAAGAGAAGAGAGACGAGAAGAAGAAGGACGGUGGCGAUAAUAAAGAUGGAAAGAAGGCGGACGGAGACGAGGAUAUGAAGGAUGCUGAGCCCGAGGAAGAGAUCUUGGACGAGGAGAUUCUCAACUCAAGUACACGAGACAUCAUCGCACGAAAACGGCUGCUCGAGAACGACAUGAGGAUUAUGAAGAGCGAGUUCCAAAGAUUAACGCACGAGAAGGCAUCAAUGAACGAGAAGAUCCGGGAUAAUCUGGAUAAGAUCGAGAACAACAGGCAACUUCCAUAUCUCGUCGGAAACGUCGUCGAGAUUCUAGACCUAGACGUCACAGCUGAAGCCGCCGAAGAGGGUGCAAACAUCGACCUGGACGCCACCCGGGUGGGCAAAUCCGCAGUCAUCAAGACCUCCACGCGACAGACCAUCUUCUUGCCACUCAUCGGCCUGGUCGACCAUGAAAAACUGAAGCCCGGUGAUCUCAUUGGUGUCAACAAAGACUCAUACCUUGUUCUCGAUACACUGCCCGCCGAGUACGACAGCAGAGUGAAGGCCAUGGAGGUGGAUGAGAAGCCCACAGAGAAGUACACAGAUGUCGGCGGCUUAGACAAGCAGAUUGAGGAACUUGUGGAGGCUGUUGUCUGGCCCAUGAAGGAGGCAGAGCGGUUCAAGAAGAUUGGCAUCAAAGCACCAAAAGGUGCCCUGAUGUACGGCCCUCCCGGAACUGGUAAGACACUUCUUGCCAGAGCCUGCGCUGCCCAAACCGACGCAACUUUCCUCAAACUUGCCGGUCCACAACUUGUGCAAAUGUUCAUUGGAGAUGGUGCCAAGCUCGUCCGUGACUGCUUCGCCCUCGCCAAGGAGAAGGCUCCCUCAAUUAUCUUCAUCGACGAGUUGGAUGCCGUCGGUACUAAGCGAUUCGAUUCGGAGAAGUCUGGUGAUCGUGAGGUGCAAAGAACCAUGUUGGAGCUUCUGAACCAGUUGGACGGUUUCGCAUCGGAUGAUCGCGUCAAGGUUCUUGCUGCCACGAACCGUAUCGAUGUGCUUGACCCCGCGCUGCUGCGAUCAGGUCGUCUUGACAGGAAGAUCGAGUUCCCUCUGCCGAACGAGGAGGCACGAGCACAGAUCUUGCGCAUUCACUCACGAAAGAUGACGGUUGAUGAUGGUGUCAACUGGCCAGAAUUAGCUCGCAGUACAGACGAAUUCGGUGGUGCCCAGCUCAAGGCGGUUUGUGUGGAAGCCGGUAUGAUCGCUCUACGGUCAGGACAACAAAAGAUCAGCCACGAGCAUUACGUGGAUGCUAUCUCUGAAGUCCAGGCCAAGAAGAAGGAUACCGUCAACUUCUACGCGUAG